GAGGAAACGGCUCUGUCUCUGCAGCUGAACCCGGACGUGAACGUGUUCCAGCGCAAAUUCGUGAACGAAGUCCGGAGGUGCGAGGAGAUGGACCGGAAGCUGAGGUUUGUUGAGAAGGAGAUUAAAAAAGCAAAUAUCCCCAUCAUGGACACUGGCGAAAACCCAGAGGUGCCUUUUCCCCGUGACAUGAUUGACUUGGAGGCAAACUUUGAGAAAAUUGAAAAUGAGCUUAAAGAAAUCAACACAAACCAGGAAGCUCUGAAGAGAAACUUCUUGGAGCUGACGGAAUUAAAAUUUAUACUGCGUAAAACUCAGCAGUUUUUUGAUGAGGCUGAAUUGCAUCAUCAGCAGAUGGCGGAUCCAGACCUGUUGGAGGAAUCCUCUUCGCUCCUGGAGCCAAGUGAGAUGGGAAGAGGUGCCCCGCUGCGACUCGGGUUUGUGGCUGGUGUGAUCAACCGCGAGCGGAUCCCCAUGUUUGAGCGGAUGCUGUGGCGGGUGUGCCGGGGGAACGUGUUCCUGCGCCAGGCGGAAAUCGAAAACCCCCUGGAGGACCCUGUAACGGGGGAUUAUGUGCACAAGUCUGUGUUUAUCAUCUUCUUCCAAGGCGACCAGCUGAAGAACAGAGUCAAGAAGAUAUGUGAAGGAUUCCGUGCCUCCCUCUACCCAUGCCCAGAAACCCCCCAGGAACGGAAGGAAAUGGCUUCUGGUGUCAAUACCAGAAUUGAUGACCUUCAGAUGGUGCUGAACCAAACAGAGGAUCAUCGCCAGAGGGUUCUGCAGGCAGCUGCUAAAAAUAUCCGCGUGUGGUUCAUCAAAGUGCGGAAGAUGAAGGCGAUCUACCACACCCUGAACCUCUGCAAUAUCGACGUGACGCAGAAGUGUUUGAUUGCUGAAGUCUGGUGCCCUGUUGCUGACCUCGACUCCAUCCAGUUUGCUCUCAGGAGAGGCACCGAGCACAGCGGAUCCACUGUCCCAUCCAUUUUAAACAGGAUGCAAACCAAUCAGACCCCACCAACAUACAACAAAACUAACAAGUUUACUUGUGGCUUUCAAAACAUUGUUGAUGCUUACGGCAUUGGAACAUAUCGGGAAAUAAAUCCAGCGCCGUACACGAUCAUCACCUUCCCCUUCCUGUUUGCUGUGAUGUUUGGAGACUUUGGCCACGGAAUCCUGAUGACUCUGAUUGCCGUCUGGAUGGUGCUCAGGGAAAGUCGUAUUCUGUCGCAGAAGAGUGACAACGAGAUGUUCAACAUGGUUUUUAGCGGUCGAUACAUCAUUCUGCUGAUGGGACUGUUCUCCACUUACACCGGCCUCAUCUACAACGACUGCUUCUCCAAGUCCCUGAACAUGUUCGGCUCCUCCUGGAGCGUCCGGCCGAUGUUCUCCAAAGGCAACUGGUCAGACGCCCUGCUCGAGAGCACCCCCCUGCUCCAGCUGAACCCCGCCAUCCCAGGGGUGUUCGGCGGGCCCUACCCCUUCGGCAUCGACCCGAUUUGGAACAUUGCCAGCAAUAAGCUGGCCUUCCUCAACUCGUUCAAGAUGAAAAUGUCUGUGAUUCUUGGCAUUAUCCACAUGCUCUUUGGUGUCACCCUGAGUCUCCUCAACCACGUCUAUUUUAAGAAGCCACUGAACAUAUACCUUGGAUUUAUUCCAGAAAUGAUUUUCAUGUCUUCACUGUUUGGGUACCUUGUUAUUCUCAUUUUCUACAAAUGGACGGCCUAUGAUGCUCACACGUCAAAGGAUGCGCCAAGCCUUUUAAUACAUUUUAUCAACAUGUUUUUGUUCUCCUAUGGUGACACCAGUAACAAGAUGCUUUACAAAGGGCAGCAAGGGCUCCAGUGUUUCCUUGUGGUGGUGGCGUUGCUGUGUGUGCCCUGGAUGCUGGUAGCUAAACCCCUGGUCCUUCGCCAUCAGUAUUUAAGGAGAAAGCACUUGGAAGGGCAGCCCGUGGAGGCCCAGGUCAGCCCAGUCCCGAGCGAGCAGGCACUAGAGGCAGCAGCGGCUGCAACAGGAACGCACAACUUCGGUGGGAUCCGGGUGGGCAAUGGACCAACUGAGGAGGAUGCUGAGAUCAUUCAACACGACCAGUUAUCCACCCACUCCGAGGAGGGGGAGGAGCCUACGGAGGACGAGGUGUUCGACUUCGGCGACACGGUGGUGUACCAGGCCAUCCACACCAUCGAGUACUGCCUGGGCUGCAUCUCCAACACGGCGUCCUACCUGAGGCUCUGGGCGCUCAGCUUGGCCCACGCCCGUGAGUGUUCCGUGCGGAGCCGAGGCCGGGACCCGAUUGAGUUCCAGAACAAGUUCUACACUGGCACCGGAUUCAAGUUUCUCCCCUUCUCCUUUGACACCAUCCGCGAGGGGAGGUUCGACGACUGA